CAUGUGAUCAUGUGACGCUUCCUGGAGCGUUACUUUCACGCAUCACUUUUCCUCCCCACAACAACAUUUACUAGCAGCGGACCCUACGUCCACAGUGGGAUUUUGUUGGGGGCUUGGGCUUAUUUAAGGCAUGGCUGACGGUGAGCGAUCGCCUUUGCUAUUGGACAGUCGCGAUGGAUUGAACUGGCUGUUACCUGGAGAUGAGCCCUAUCGACCUCCGAGCAAACCACAGAAUUUCCCAGGAUUCCCGUCAGCUCCUCCCGCAUCGAUGCUGGGAGAGGCUCCUCCACCGUACUCCCCGCUGGGUUCUCCGGAGAGUGGCAGUGCUACCGUCAUCAGCUGUAGAGUCUGUCAGUCACUUAUCAGCGUGGAGGGCAAAAUCCACCAGCAUGUGGUCAAAUGCAGUGUCUGCAAUGAAGCUACACCCAUAAAGAAUGCUCCAGCAGGAAAGAAGUAUGUGAGGUGUCCAUGUAACUGUCUUCUCAUCUGCAAAGUCACCUCGCAGAGGAUCGCCUGCCCUCGACCAUACUGUAAGCGAAUUAUCAAUUUAGGUCCAGUUCAUCCCGGUGCUGGGAGUCCGAAUCCUCAGCUUAGUGGUGCCAGAGUUUCCUGUGGCCACUGUGGAAACACUUUUCUGUGGACAGAAUUUACAGAUCGGACAUUGGCUCGCUGUCCACACUGCAGAAAAGUUUCAUCGAUUGGCCAGAGGUACCCUAGAAAGCGGAGUUUGAUAUGCUUCCUGUUGUGCUUGAUCUUCAUCAUAACGACUGCAGGAUUGAUUGCUGGAUCAUGGUGGAAGGCACCAGAAUAUAAGGGCAUUUAUGCAUCCUGGGCAUUUUUCAUUUUCCUGGUGCUGACCACUUUGUUCAGAGCUGUGCACUGGGCCUGCAUGAAAAUCAGUGAACCGCUGCACAACUACUCAUAAUAGGAGAGAUGAAUGAGGAGGAGGCAGAGAUGAAGUGGAAGAGACAAGAAUAAUGAGAAAAGAUGUUAAUGGAGUGAUGCUUUGUCCAAAUUGGUGAAAACCUGUCAGGAAACCCAUCCAAAUCAUAUUUCACCCCAAAAUGAUCUGCUUCCUAAACACUGCACAAAUAGAAGAGGCAUAGAAAAAUUAAUAUUUCAGCAUUGUCAGUAGGUUAGUUUAAUUGCACAAUCAGUAACUGCUGAAACAGGCCAUUUUUGCCCUAUCACUCUGGUGUCACACAAAUAUGUUGAAACAUUACAGUUAGAAUGAGACUGUGGCUGAAUUGCUGACAGAAAGUGUAAGUGCCUCACUUGACAGUGUGCUCUGUUUAAUUUUUUUUCAUAUAUGGGGGAACUGCAAUUUUAGCUAUGUUGAUAAUUGUAUGCUGACCUGUUACCUUCGAAUGAAGAGUAUGAGCAAAAAAAAAAAAAGGGAAAUGACAUAAACUCCACAGUGAGGCAUUUGGACAGGUUCAAAGACAAUGGAAAAGCAAAAACUGAUCUUUUUUUGACAGUGCAUUUUUGUGCACUUUUUUAUCGUCACAUAUUAUUGGAAUGUGCAAUAGACUGAAUCAUAGGCAACAAUGAAUUGAUUCUUUCAGUGUAGGUUAUUGCCUUUCCAUGGAUAUUAUUCACUGGAAGGUUUUUUUUUCUUUUUUUUUUUUUAUAUCUGUUGCCCAGGGUAUGACCCAACCUUUGUCUUCAUUUUCUUCCUCCUAUAGCAUUCAGCAUGUCUUACUGUGUAUCAGCACCAUCGAAUACAUCUUAGGCAAAAAAUUAUGCUUCGCUUACUAACAAAAAAUUGCUCAUACAUCUGACAAUGCAAUAGUACAGAUAUUUUUUAGAUUUCUAACAAUCCUUAUAUUAGUUUUGUUGAUGCUGUUUUUAAAUCAGGCAUCAAUGCUCAUUAUUUGUACCUGUCUGUGGUAAAACUGCAUUAAAAUAUUCUUCAUUGCUAUAAA